AUGGCAUGCGAUGGAGUCGGCAUUAUUUUUCCGAAUUUGACAGGGGACAGAGCAGCAUGGACCACCCAUCCUCUUCGGCAAAAUCUGCUGCGAGCGUUGCUGAUUCAUCGUCUGCGGCGCAAGCGGAAGCGUACGAUGUACAUUCGGGAUAUAUUUGACAAACGCACUGUCCUCGGGGAAUACCACCAUCUCGUGCAGGAACUACGAAAUGACGACCCUGAGUACCAUUUCAAAUAUUUCAGAAUGACUAAAGCAUCAUUUGACCAUUUGCUUGGUGUUGUACGCGACCGGAUUCUCCAUGCACCUACACAUAGGAGGCCCAUCCUCCCUGCAGAGAGGCUUGCAGUAGCACUGAGGUUUUUGUCGACCGGAGGCUCAAUGCAGGACAUUGCUAUGAGCUAUCGAAUGCACCGAUCAACUGUCUCUAUGAUCCUCAAGGAGACAUUGCCUGCAAUAUGGGACUGCUUAUCACCAGUCGUACUGAAGGUACCCACGAGAGCUGCGUGGGAAGACAUACGAAAUGGCUUCGACACAAAGUGGAACUUCCCAAAUGCCAUCGGAAGCAUAGACGGCAAACAUUUUGCCAUAAGAUGCCCCGACAAAAGCGGCUCAGACUAUUAUAACUAUAAGGGAUUCCACUCAGUGGUCCUGCUCGCUGUAGCAGAUGCAGACUACAGGUUUAUUCUGGUGGAUAUCGGGGCACAAGGCCGCCUCUCAGAUGGUUCUGUGUUCAGAGACAGUGCAAUAGGGAAAAGCUUUGAGCAAAGCACUCUUGACCUGCCAGCGAACAUGUCCAGGUGGCCUUUGUGCUUGGUUGGAGACGCUGCAUUUCCUCUGCGCCCAUACCUGAUGCGCCCUUACCCUGGAAGGAACCUGACAGAGAAGAAGAAAGUGUUCAAUUACCGUCUAUCAAGAGCUCGACGUUGCGUGGAAAACGCAUUUGGGAUUCUUGCAUCCAGGUGGCGUUCAUUUCUUGGAACUGUUGAAGGUGAUCCGGACUUGCUGACAAGCAUGAUCAAGGCAGCAGUGUGCCUUCACAAUUUCCUUAUGUCAGAUAGUGUGUACUGUCCAAGCGACUAUGGUGACACAGUGUGUGGUGAGGCACUGCAAGAAGGGUCCUGGAGACAAGUUAUAAGAGAAACUGUCAGUCACAACCGAUCAACUUGUAACCGCUCUGCACCAGCAGCCAUGGCGUUGAGGGAUGACAUCGCUACCUAUUUCAUGUCCACAGAGGGCUCCCUGCCAUGGCAGCUCAAGGUCGUAAGGCGAAGCUGA